AUGUCUGAAGAAGAACAUAACGAAUCAGGUGAAGGUUUUGAAUCAUUCAACUAUGAAGAAGAUGAAGAACAUGAAGAAGAAGAACAACAAUCUUCACCAAAACAAGCAACAUCACCUUCUCAAAAAUCAUCAGCCCCUUCAUCACCAGCAAAUAGACAGCCAUCAUCUCCAUCUAUGAGACCAACAUCAACAAGGAGUACUAAAAUGCUUGCUCAAUUCUCUUCAAGGCCUAGUACAAAUACACACUUUAUGGAAAAGUUUGAACAUGAAAAAUCCGACUAUUCUAACGACAAUGUCCCUGUUGAUGAUAGAGUUAGAAUUCUUGUAAAUACAGAUAAAAACAACGAAGUUGAAGGUGAAACAAAUAAUGCGGAUGAAUCAUUUGAAUCAUUUGGUGACGAAUUUGAAAAUAAGGAAGAAGAAAUUGAACCUACAGAGGAAUAUAAGAAUGAUCUCGGUAUUAAACCUUCUUCAGACCUUUUUGCAACCAACCAAACAUCUACAAAUCAACCAACAAGUGGUGGUGGCUCUUCUGGUAGUCAAAGAAAGGUAACAGCAAGUCCAAGUCCAACAGCUCCAAAGACAAAGACUGUAACUAAAACAACAAAUGCUGCUGUCACUGAACACAAGAAAAUAGCCAAGAAGAAUAAUAUUCAAACUUUGGGAGAAAAGAAGAAGAGUAUAACAAGCACAGCUCAAGAAAUUCUGAAUACUGUUGAAGAAGCAGUAGAUGAUGAAUUUUUCGGUGAUGAUUUUGCAGGAGACGACUUUGAUGACAGCGAAGAACCACCAAAGCAAUCAUCUAACAAUAACGAAGAAUCAUCAAUAUUUGCUCCAAGUUUUUAA